CUUACCGCGCAGGCUGCUUGCGGAAUUUGUUCUCGCCCCUAGGCCGUUGAUCGCUUGAGCUUUGAAUGAUUGAUUUACUCCAGGAGAAUAUUACCAUUCCUCGGCCGGAGAAAUUCAGUUCUUCUUCAUCAUCUAUUCACAUUCUACGCGUCCCGCGGUGAUUCAUCUUAAACAGUAAUCUGACCAGACUCACAAUCGGGAACUGCGGGAAUCUCGACCUUAGCGUCUCCUCAUCGGAACUGACUCCGCAGAACAUCCUGUUAUCAACUUUUCUGUCGCAGUUGUCUCCUGAUACCUUCCCCUAUUGUCCUGCCAUUUACCUUUAAAGGUUCUAGCGAGCAGAGUCAAAAUGCCUCUCGGGAUUCACAAUCCCUUGCCUUCAUCUUUAGGAAGCGAGUGCAGAAAGGCUGGUAAAAUUCUUGCUUCAUUUAUCGACCCUCGACAAGCUUUUGGUCCUGAUAAGGUCAUUCCUCCUGAAAUCCUAGCAGGUGCCAAGGGGCUUGCGAUUCUCACAGUUUUAAAAGCUGGUUUCCUCGGCUCCGCUCGAUUUGGGUCUGGCAUUGUUGUUGCCCGUUUGGCGGAUGGCACCUGGUCCGCUCCCUCGGCUAUUGCAACCGCAGGUGCUGGCUUCGGAGGCCAAAUUGGUUUCGAGUUAACUGACUUUGUCUUCAUUCUCAAUGAUGCCGCCGCUGUCCGGACCUUCUCCCAGGUGGGAACUUUAACGCUUGGUGGUAACGUUUCGAUCGCCGCUGGACCCGUGGGACGCAAUGCGGAGGCUGCCGGAGCGGCGAGCACAAAAGGUGUGGCCGCAAUAUUCUCGUACUCCAAGACGAAGGGUCUCUUCGCCGGUGUCAGCUUGGAGGGAAGUAUGCUGGUAGAACGGAAGGAUGCGAAUGAGAAACUCUACAGUAGUCGAGUGUCAGCCCGCCAACUACUCAGUGGAACUAUAAGACCUCCUCCAGCAGCGGACCCCCUCAUGCGUGUGCUGAAUUCCCGCGCAUUCUAUGGUAAUGCGAGAAACGGGGACGCAAUGUACAACGAUAUACCCGUCUAUGAUGACCAUCAUGAUGAUGUUGUGUGGGAAGGACGACGGGGAGACGCGUAUGGAGAGGGUGUCCGGCGGGAUCGCACUGGUAGCAAUGACGCGGAUGCCUACGAGUAUCGGGACCGACCCCGUCGUGCAAAUACAUGGGCCGAUGAUGUAUACGACCGGCCUGCUGGGGGCUUAAACCGCUCAUCUACCACUCGUUAUCCUCGCAAUGAUAAUUAUGAGACUUACGGCCGUAGCCGAAGCAACACAGCACCAAUCGAGGAGGACUAUGUCUAUUCUGACAACAAGCCCAGCCGACCCACGGCACCCAAGCCUGUUUUCGGGCAACGGACGGGGCAAGCCCCUUCUCUGCGUCAGGACCAGGCGAUUGCUCUUUACACUUUUGAUGCCGAUCAGGAAGGCGACUUGGGUUUCAAGAAAGGGGAUAUCAUCACAAUCCUUAAGCGUACCGAUAAGAAAGAAGACUGGUGGACAGGGCGUAUCGGGGAGCGGGUUGGCAUCUUCCCUGCGAACUAUAUCGAUACGGCCUAAAAACCUUACUGUCAAUCACUGACUGAUGCGGAACGAAACGACGAUCUAGGAAGUAGAGUCUUCCUUUACCCGCCUCCUUUUUCUUAUGCUUUUUUUUCCUCCCCCAGGAUCUUUCUAUCUUUCCAUGAUGAAA